AAAACAAAACGCAUUUUGUGAAAUUAAGAAAAAGACAAAAAUAAAGAGGAAACCGGCUAAUUAUAAAUAUUAAAAUGCUUCUCGUUUUGCAUUUCAUAAAGUACAUUUGAUAAUGUACUAAUUUUAUUUUCCUACGCACACCAUCGAUGGCCGGUAUGUGGAAACGGGAGAUAUUACAUUUUAUUGAUCGCGGUUUGUCCGGACUCAUGGCGGCGGCAGCAUCCAGUUCCCGGCAGGGACGCAAGUUCGCCGAGGGCACGCAGCCCUUCACAGUGCUCAUCGAGGGCAACAUCGGGAGUGGAAAGACUACGUAUCUGAAUCACUUUGAGAAGUACAAGAACGACAUAUGCCUGCUCACCGAGCCCGUGGAGAAGUGGCGCAACGUCAACGGCGUCAAUCUUCUGGAGCUGAUGUACAAAGACCCCCAAAAGUGGGCCAUGCCCUUUCAGAGUUAUGUCACGCUGACGAUGCUGCAGGCGCACACGGCGCCCACCGACAAGAAGUUAAAAAUAAUGGAGCGCUCCAUUUUUAGCUCGCGUUACUGCUUCGUGGAGAACAUGCAUCGCAAUGGGUCCCUGGAGGAGGGCAUGUUCAAUACCCUGCAGGAGUGGUACAAGUUCAUCGAUGAGUCCAUUCACGUGCAAGCCGAUCUCAUCAUCUACCUACGCACCUCGCCCGAGGUGGCGCACGAGCGCAUACGUCAGCGAGCCCGCUCCGAGGAGAGCUGUGUGCCGCUGAAGUACCUGCAAGAACUGCACGAGCUGCACGAGGAUUGGCUAAUACAUCAACGUCGCCCGCAGAACUGCAAAGUUCUAGUUCUCGAUGCCGAUUUGAAUCUUGAAAACAUUGGCAGCGAGUACCGGCGCUCGGAGACCAGCAUUUUUGACGCCAUCUCCAGCAACCACCAACCAUCUCCCGUGCUGGUCUCGCCCAGCAAGCGGCAGCGUCUCGGCAGUUAGUCCUGACAAUUUUCGAAACAUUUAUCGUAUCCUAAGUGUGUAUGUGUAGUAACUAUUUAGUUUAAGUGGCGACUUCGCGGGACAAUGGUCAGGAAAUCAUACUGCUACCCAGCUAACACUUCAAGCCCGAAACGCAUACGUAUUUUAACAAUUAUAAUUCCCAUUAUAUUCUCUCUAUGUAAACUUAACUAGUAAGACAAAAAUUGUAAUAAAAACUGUUAGACAACCGUAUUUUAGACAAAGGGCAAUUGCAUUUGCAAAUACUGUUUAAACGUUUUCCAAAUA